AUGACUGUCAUAAAAGAAAUCAACAGUGGUCUACCAAAGGAAAUCAGGUCCGUGGCUGUAAUAGGUGCUGGUCCGGUAGGUGCGGGCCUCACCAAAGCGCUAGUAAACGAAAAAAGCUUUGAUAAGAUCAAAGUUUUCGAGAAGCGCAGUACUUUGGGUGGGCUGUGGAAUUAUACCAAACCGCACUUCAAAAGCCACUCCGAAAAUAUUUCUGCAAGUAUUCCUUGCGAGGAACCACACGGCAAGAGAUUGCAACAGCUCAAGGAUAAAAAUGGCGUUAUAUUUCAAUCGGCAGUUUACAAGUACUUGGAUACCAACGUUCCCAAGGAUCUGAUGGAAUACAAAGACCUUCCCUUUCCAGAAGGCUCCCCGCUCUUUCCGCUUCGCGAACAGGUAUACAACUACAUUGUAUCUUGCUCCAAAGAAAUUGAAAACUUGGUAAGUUUCAAUUCAGAAGUCACCAAGGUGCAUUACGAUGAUGACAAGCAUAUAUUUUCUAUUUUAACCAAGGAUCUAAACACCGGAAACAUUAACACAGAAAACUUUGAUGCCGUUGCCAUCGCCACAGGGUUCUACGAUUUGCCCUUUGUGCCCAACCGCCCAGGCCUAAAAGAGUGGCACUCGCAAUUCCCCCAUUCAGUAUCCCAUGCCAAGGAUUUUGAUGCCCCGGAAGAUUUUAAAGACAUUGAAGGCAAAAUAGUGGUUGUCGGAAACAGUGCUUCGGGAUCAGAUCUGGCGUUUGAAUUGGCAGGCUUUUUGAACAAGGUUGUCUACAAGUCGAGGCGGUCUGAAAGUUUUAUGCCAAGCGGAUCCCACCCAUUAAUAGAAGAUGUGGCUGACAUCUUGCGAUUUGAUCCUAAAACGAAAUCGUUGCUUCUGGUUAAUGGAGAACGCCUGGAAAAUGUCGAGAAGGUCAUUUUCUGCACAGGCUACUUGAAAUAUUUACCGUUUUUGCCAAGCGAAUCCGAGGUGAAAUCGCAUGGGGACAAAGUACUACAGUCACUAGUAACAGAUGGGGCUCGGCUGCAUAAUCUGUACAACCACAUUAUACCCUACAAUUUACCUUCCUUUGGUAUCAUCGGAUUACCCAAAUACGUGCUUCCUACUCGGCUGAGCGAAACGCAAGGUGCUUGGCUGGCGCGUUUGUGGAGCAAACGAAUUCAGCUACCUACAAUGGAAAUAAUGAAGUACUACGAUCAAUGGUUUCAGGAGACAAAUGGCACGGGAGGAAAGUAUCACGAUAUGCUAUUUCCAAUGGAUGUGCAAUAUUCACAGAGGCUAAACAAAGAAAUACGGGAAGCAGGAAAUGGCGGAUAUUUUGGAGUCGAGUGGUCAAGCGAAGAGAUAAAACUGAGAAGUUCAAUAAAGGUUAUUAAAGAGUCUUACUUGUCUUAUUUCAGGGACACCGGCAAACGUGCAGAAAACGUUGAGGAACUACUUCACCACAAUUACUUCAGGUGGCCAAAAGACGCCAAGUUGAGCGUCGAGCCCUCGGAAGUGGUUCCCUAG